CGGGGAGGGGAAAAUGGCGGCCGCGCGGGGCCGGGCGCCGCCGCCAGGGGGCGAUGUGGGGCGGGCGGGGGGGGGGAACGGCUCCGCCCCGCGCCCUCCGCUCCCUGACCCGGCCCCGCGCGGAGCGGAAGGGGCGGCGGGGACAUGGCCAAGUACCUGGCGCAGAUCAUCCUGGUGGGGGCCCAGGUGGUCGGACGGGCCUUCAUGAGGGCGCUGCGCCAGGAAUUCGCAGCGAGCCGAGCUGCGGCAGACGCGCGAGGGCGCUCGGAGAGGCCCCAGUCCGCUGCUGCCUCCAGGAUCAUCGGCAUCAGCCUGCAGGAAGCUCAGCAGAUCCUCAACGUUUCCAACCUCAACCAGGAGGAGAUCCAGAAGAACUAUGACCACUUAUUCAAGGUGAACGACAAGUCUGUGGGAGGCUCCUUCUACCUGCAGUCCAAGGUGGUGAGAGCCAAGGAGCGGCUGGACGAGGAGCUCCGCAUCCGGGCCAAGGAUGAGAAAGAGAAGGGCUGGAAAGCCGAGACGUGACUCCUGCCACCCGCGUCCCCGCUUCCCUCUCCCUUAAGUUAAAGGUAGCCAAUAAACGCCGUGUCCUCCACCGCCUGGCCUGGCUGCUCUGCGCCCCGGGGAGGGAGAGGGGGCGGCCCUGGCGCUGCCCUGCUGCUGUGCCCUGGCCCUCGGCGCACAGCACGAAAACACGACCCAGACGCGAGGGACUGGCACGGGCUGCGUCCCGUCCUGCGGAUGACGGAAGGUGGAGGAGGAAGGAGGGGUGUCCCCAGCUGGGCCUCAGGGCAGCGAGGGCUGCCAGCGCACAAAUCACGCCCGGGAAGGCCGCAGGAGCUAUUUUAGUGGGGGGUUGGAUGCUCUUGGCCCAACUGCACACAUGCCUCUGGCUCUGGACCACGUGAGAGCCGGGAGCUGCGUGCAGACAGGCAGCAAGGACGGGCGCUGGGUCAGGGCACAGCGACGAGGAGCCGUGCGGGGACACAUGGGGGCUGUCCCCACUGCAGCCCCCCUAGGGAGGUUCAGCCCCCCCAGGGAGGCCAGGCAGAGCCAGCCGUGCCCCGGGACCCCAGCCCCAAGGAGAUCGUGCUGGUGUCACCCCUAUGUCCCCUGGCACGAGCUCAGCACUUUGUCCCCAUCUCGGGCUCCUCGCUGCCCUCGAGCCCCGGGCGCAGACUGAAACAGGAACUUACUUCAACUUGGCUUUAUUGUUUUCUUAAUAAACUUCCUCUCCCAUGGAGGAA